AUGAACCCAACUUUUGAUAUACAUCGAGAUAGUCAUAGCUUUCCCAAACACGUGAGAACAGUAACAGAAGCUCACAGCUCCGCUUAUACGAAUAAAGAGCAAAGAGAUUCCGGUUCGACUAUGUCUUUAGUUCAGUACUACUGGCUCAAAGGGUAUCCCUCCCUAGGACAUGACAUAGUGUUAACACUAUUGCGCAGCGGCCAGUUUCAGGAAAGGAAACCGAAGUCAAAGCCAACCAAUCUCUUAGCGGACUUGAGCAAACUGGAAGUCACGAUCGUGCAUAAGAAUAACGAAAAGGAAAUAAGCUUCUAUGAGUAUUCCGAAACACUUGAAGAAAUUCAAGAGUGGAAUCGUCAGUUUACGCUACUGUGUAAGCAUAAGCUGAUAAGCGAGGAGAAGGAACAAAUCGAGAAACACAUCGAAAAUGCAUUCUUCACCGGAUUAACCAGAUUGACCACCAACGAGCUAAAAGUACGACAGAUCACCGAAAAGAGAGAAGCAAUUCUCUUCAUACAAGGGAUUGAGAAGCGUAUUCUAAUAGUACUGGAAAUGGCCCUGGAGGAGCAAACCAAACAUAAGAAAUCAAACUCGUAUUCUAAUCGCACGAGAAACAGACCACAAGGUAGAGGACCGCAGAAGGAACGACCUUUCUGUACGCAUCACCAGUCACAUACACAUUCAACCGCAGAGUGCCGAUUCUUGAAAUCCCAGGAAUCACAAUCCAACAAGCAACCCACUAGCCAAGACAAAACCGCUCCCGUAAAGCAUCAAGAUCGCAACACCAAUCUAACCCCAACCCAAGAUGACGUCAUCACAGUUCAACUCACCCAUACUAACCCAAUAAAAGAGACCACUUAUAUCAAGUAA